UGCAGCGGUGCGUUCAUGGGACUUUUUCCGGAGUGUUUGAAAGUUGUCAACAGAGAAGCAGAGGAAGGAGCAGGAGAUCAGCGGCUUUAACGGGACUGUGGAGCUCGGAGGAGGAGGAAUGGGCUGCACUCAGAGCAAGAAGAAAAGCAAAGGCAAGAAACGAGAGAAGACUCAGAAGGCGAACAUCCGCCAGGAUGAUGAAGGUAAACGUGCGUCAGGUGAGCCGGACGUCUGUCUGGAGAAGCAGUUGGAGCGGUUUGAGUGGCAGCUGAGGAUUUUAAAGGAGGCCAAUGGGAACCCAGAGAGGGCGGAGUUACUGAAAGACCAUGGUGAUGAAGAACUGUGUGGCCUCGUACUGAGCAUCCUCGAUAAGGUGAAAACGGAGACAACGGCCGAUUUGAACAUCCUGCAUGAACAGAAGAGUAAAUCUGCUACUGAGGAGCACGAGAGGCACGUGGAAGAGCUGCAGAGGAGAAAUGAGCACGAGAAAAAUCAACUGACAGAAAAGUUUCAGGCGGCUGAAAACGUUCUCAAGGCUAAAGUGGAGGAGCUGAAGGCAGAGCUGCAGGUUUACAACGAGCUGAAGAGACGAGUCGAAGAAUCGACGUUUAAGAAGGACCUGCAGAGGAAUAUACAGGCUCACGGGAGCCCAGGUGCAUUCUGGGAGUCUGAGCAGGAGUCCCUGGUGUUUGUGAUUGAGAUGAAGAGUGAGCGCGUGCAGGAGCAGAACAGGAAGCUGCAGCAGAUGGACAUGCUGGUGGAGAAGAAUUUGGCUUUGGAGGACCAGAUCGUCCACACCAUGCAGCAGAACGAGGACCUGAGGGUCCGGAUAGACAACUGCCAGACUCUCAUUCAGUACGUGCCUGAAUAUUUGAUAGAGUGA